UGAAAAAGGAGUGGUGACACGGGGUUAAAUAAGAGCCGUGAGCAGGUGCUUCAGUGCCAAACAUUCUUUGAAUUCAUCAGCGCGAACACAAGACGGUCUGUCAGAUCCCCUGAACUUCACACGCCAGACGCCUCAAACACACAGGCUGCUUGUAGAAAUGUCUAGCUCUAACCCCAGCACCACUGGAGGUCCCAGUGCCAGCAACCCUACAGCUGUGCCUCUGACCCCGUAUGCAUCAACAACAGCUGGGACAUCAGCUGCUUCAGACAAGCUUCUGAUGGUUCGUUCGGUCGACCUCCUGAAAUCCAAGGAUGGGCAGAACCGCCUCGAACAUCACACAGAUGCUUACUUCAGUGACAAGCUGAUCGUCCGCCGAGGACAGACCUUCCAGAUGUGGGUCGAGUUCUCCAGACCCUUCAAUCCAAAAUCAGACAAACUGCAGCUGCAGCUGAAGUUAGAUCCCAUCUUCAGCAGUAAUCCAGGGAUUCGCAUCUCUGUCCCGUUAGUGGAUGUCCUGGAAGACGGCCGCUGGGAGAUGAAGAUCGUGGAGCAGAAAGACAAACGUGUGCGGCUGGUGGUCAACACUCUUCCCACCGCCUCCAUCGGCCGCUACAGGGUGACCGUCGAGUCUUUCUCACCGAGGGGCAGGCUGCUGUUCCCCUGCACCCCAAACGACAUCUACAUGCUCUUCAACCCCUGGUGUGAAGAUGAUCCCGUGUUUCUGGAUAAUGAAGAGGAAAGGAAAGAGUAUGUUUUGAAUAGCAUGGGCAGAAUUUACUACGGAACCGAGCAGCAAAUUGGAGCCAGAACGUGGAAUUUUGCUCAGUUUGAACAGGACGUCCUGGAAGCGUGUCUGUUCCUGCUGGAGAGGGGUCAGGUCGCUAUGACCGAAUGGAGAGAUCCAGUGAUUGUUUCCAGAAUGGUAUCUGCUCUGGUGAACACCAAUGACGACCGUGGUGUGCUGAUGGGUAACUGGUCAGACAGCUUUGAGGGCGGGACGAGUCCCACCGCCUGGAGCGGGAGCGGCGACAUCCUGAGACAGUAUUACAAAAGCUCAGGGAAGCCUGUCAAAUUUGGCCAAUGCUGGGUCUUUGCGGGAGUCACUGCAUCUGUGUUGAGAUGUCUUGGUAUUCCCACCCGUUGUGUGACCAACUUCAGUUCUGCUCACGACACGGACCUUUCCUUGAGCACAGACAUUUAUCUUGAUGAGAAACUGGAGCUUAUCAAAGACGAGACCAGCGAUUCUGUCUGGAACUUCCACGUGUGGAACGAGUCCUGGAUGACCCGUCCGGACCUCCCGGCGGGUAACGGUGGGUGGCAGGUGGUGGACGCGACCCCUCAAGAGCUCAGCCAGGGUUCAUACCGCUGCGGUCCCACCCCUGUCUCCGCUGUCCGCAACGGACAAGUCGACCUGAAAUUCGACACUCCUUUCGUCUUUGCCGAAGUGAACAGUGACAGAAUCUACUGGCAGAAGAAACCCGAUGGAAGCUUCAGUCAGGUUCAUGUGGAGAAGAACUCCAUCGGUCAGCACAUCAGUACUAAAGCUGUGGGAUCUGACACUCGCAUGGACAUCACACACCUCUACAAAUACCCAGAAGGUUCAGAGGAGGAGCGCAUAGCUGUGGAAACCGCCAGUCGUUUCGGCUCCAAGCCGACUUUGUAUCUGUUGCCCACCGACAACGAUGUGAGCAUUGAGAUCGUCAUGGACGGGGCAGGACCUCGCAUCGGUGAAGACGCCAAACUCUCCAUCGUCCUGAAGAACACAAGCUCAAAGCAGCGCACGGCCAGUCUGCUGUAUGAGGUGAUGGUCAUGUACUACACUGGAGUGCUGAAAGACACCGUGAAGAAGGACCGGAUUCCUGUCGACCUCAAACCACAAGAGACCAAGACUAUUCCUUGGACUCUGCAGUAUAAGGAGUACAUGAACCAUCUGGUGGACCAGGGCGCUCUGAUGCUCACGGUCACCGGUCGGGUCAGUCAGACCAAACAGAUUCUGGCCACACAGUUCACCUUCAGACUGCGCACACCAAACCUCAUCAUCAAACCUCUAGAGGACGCUGUGGUGGGUAAAGAGUUGACAGUCCAGAUCACGUUCCAGAACCCGCUGUCACAAGUGUUGAAGAACGUUUUGUUCCUUAUAGAGGGAUUGGGAAUGCAGAGCAUCAGAAAGAUCGAACAUGGUGAUGUGGAGAAGCUUGCGAAGGUUACACUGAUGGAGAAGUUUGUUCCUACCGUCUCCGGCUCUCAGAAGCUCCUGGCAUCGAUGGACUGCCGUCUGCUCACUCAAGUGCAUGGAUUCGCUGAUAUUGUGGUGAAACCAGAGUAAAAAAUCACUAUCAGUGUAAAGCCUUCUAAUGCUCUGUUUACUUAUAAGAAUGUUAACUUAAAUACACUAAUUUAUAUGAAACUGUUGCAACUAACCUCUAACACUAGCUUGGUCUAUUCUUUUUCUAUUCUAUGUUUUCUUUUUAUUUAUUAUAUUAUUUAAAAGCCCUUGCUACGUGUACUGUAUUAAGCUAACUGACACUUGUUAUAGCACUUGUAUAUCAUUGCUCUUUUGUUGAUUUUGAUUGCUUCCAUUGUCCUCAUGUGUAAGUCGCUUUGGAUAAAAGCGUCUGCUAAAUGACUAAAUGUGAAUGUAAUGCAAGUCAACAAUAAAGAUCCUCCUUGUUCAUA